GAGGAGAAGGGAAAAUGUCGUCGGCCGUGAGGCAGGAGCUGACCCAGCUCAUGAGCUCCAGCGGCUCCCACAAGGAUCUGGCGGGGAACUGUUGAAGUGAAGCUUUCCCCCCCUGCGCACAGAACUGUUCCUACAAGGCAGGCUUCCAUUAUGUAGAGGAAUUACAUGCUGCCCUCCAGAGGCCAGCUUGAGGUAUCGACAGAUAUUGGAAAAAGCCAUCCAGCUGUCGGGAGCUGAACAACUGGAAGCAUUGAAAGCUUUCGUAGAAGCAAUGGUGAAUGAAAAUGUCAGUUUAGUCAUUUCGCGGCAGUUGCUGACAGACUUCUGUACUCAUCUUCCAAGCCUUCCAGACAGCACAGCCAAAGAAAUUUACCACUUCACUUUGGAAAAGAUCCAACCUCGUGUAAUUUCCUUUGAGGAGCAGGUCGCUUCUAUAAGGCAACACCUUGCAUCGAUUUAUGAGAAGGAAGAAGAUUGGAGGAAUGCAGCGCAAGUGUUGGUGGGGAUUCCUUUGGAAACAGGCCAGAAGCAAUACAAUGUAGACUAUAAACUGGAAACCUAUCUGAAAAUUGCCCGGCUCUAUCUGGAAGACGAUGAUCCCGUUCAGGCAGAGGCGUAUAUCAACAGAGCCUCCCUUCUGCAGAAUGAAUCAACCAAUGAGCAGCUACAGAUCCACUAUAAGGUGUGCUACGCUCGUGUUCUCGACUACAGAAGGAAGUUCAUUGAAGCUGCUCAGAGAUACAAUGAACUCUCAUACAAGAGCAUAGUCCACGAAAGUGAGAGAUUGGAGGCUCUGAAGCAUGCCUUGCACUGCACGAUCUUAGCAUCCGCAGGACAGCAGCGUUCUCGUAUGCUUGCCACUCUUUUCAAGGAUGAGCGGUGCCAGCAGCUAGCGGCCUAUGGGAUCCUGGAGAAAAUGUAUCUGGACAGGAUUAUCCGAGGGAAUCAGUUACAAGAAUUUGCCGCGAUGCUCAUGCCACAUCAGAAAGCAACGACUGCGGAUGGUUCUAGUAUCUUGGACAGAGCUGUGAUUGAACAUAAUUUGUUAUCUGCAAGCAAGCUGUAUAACAAUAUUACUUUUGAAGAACUUGGAGCGUUAUUAGAAAUUCCUGCAGCCAAGGCAGAAAAAAUAGCCUCUCAGAUGAUAACAGAAGGCCGCAUGAAUGGAUUUAUUGAUCAGAUAGAUGGAAUCGUUCACUUUGAAACUCGUGAAGCGUUGCCAACAUGGGACAAACAGAUCCAGUCGCUUUGCUUCCAAGUUAACAAUCUUUUGGAGAAGAUUAGCCAGACUGCCCCAGAAUGGACAGCACAGGCAAUGGAAGCUCAGAUGGCUCAGUAGACUCCCCGUGCUUCAGAGAGGGAAAGGUUUUUUUUUUCUGAAAAUGUGAAAUAGACAUAUGAAAUUGAACUUAUUGCUUUGACUCAACUUCUGAUAUGACCAUGCAUAGACAAAGUGUAGAAUGUAUAUAUUGUGUACCAUUUCUACUUUUUUUUUUUUGCUCAAAGGCACAUUAGUACAGCAUACGUAAAUCAGUUUUAAAGCUGUUUAAAAUAACCACACAGAGAACAAAAGUGUUAAGUUUUGUAUCAAUUUCAGUUGCUUAGUGGCCUUGUGAAUAUUUUUUUGUGUUGUGAAAACUGAAGUGCCAUAUUCUCUUUAGUUAUAGUUAUUCCAAUAAAGACAUGUCGGGCGUUAAUGAAA